AUGGAGAAAUCAAUGGAAAGCUUUACUUUUACAGUCGGGAAGCUAGAUGCGGGCAUGGCUAUUCUAUUAGGCGAACGAGCACACCUCAUUGAAUUUCCAUCUGUUCUGUUACCUCCUGGAGCCACGACGGGAUCAAUUGUGAACAUCGCCGUACACCAGAAUCACGCUGAAGAGAAGCGACGCGACCGCGAAUUCUGGGACUUGCAAGAAGAGAUUAUGAACGAGUUUGGGAAGGAAUCUCCAGAACCACCACAACUACAACUCCGAAAUGUCACCCAAACGUCGGUCACACUGCAAUGGCCUCCGAUUAAAGUCGCCAAAGCGAAGAUUCGGUCCCUCGACAUAUACCGAAACGAGCAACGUCUCGCUGCAAUCCCUUCACCCUCAACAAACACAUCAACAAAGCUCUCUGGAUUGGACAUAAACACCGACUACUCUUUCCGCCUCGUUCUCCGCACCACCGCAGGCACGCACUCAUCCAACAUACUACGCGUCCGCACACAUACGAUGACCGAUACUUCUGGUAUACGCGUGUGCUUCGGGAACGUCCAGGACUCUGUUCUGCUGGAAAACGCCAAGCUGGCAUUGAAGGAGAUGAAGGCGGAUUGGAGCGACAAGAUCCAGAUCGACACGACGCACUUUGUCUGCACUACGCCCGCUGCCACGCCGUCGGGUGCCCAGGCCGCAGGAAACGCGACGAAUGCGCCCGGCGUCGAAUACCAGCGCGCACUCCAGCUCAGCAUUCCCGUCGUGCAGCCGCACUGGAUAAUGGCAUGCCAUAUCGAGAAGAAAAUGGUUCCUAUUGCUUCGUUUUAUCUAGGGGCCAAUGCCGUGGCUCCAGCGCACUCGGCAGGGUUCACGCGCCCGCAGUCGAUGUCGCAGGCGUCGUUGACUCGCACGGCAAGCAGUCCUCCGCCGAACAGACAGAACACGCCGACGAGCCAGCGUGCAUCGAUGCCGCCGCCUGCCCGCAGCGACAACAUUGUCAGCCAGGGAUCGUCGUCAGGCUUUGAAGCGACGCCAGAGGAAGCAGAAGUCGAAGACCUGCAAUCGUCGUCUCCGGACGCAGGCAAGCGAAAGAGCAGAGCCGGGACGAUGAACAAAGACUUCAAGUUCCCAUCUCCGGCAUCAUCGCCAGUUGUGGAUGCGCAUGAUAGAUCAGUCAGCACUUCACUAUCAUCGGCUGCGACGGGUCCUGCAGUGAUGACUCCGUCAAGCAUUGAAGUACCUCCGCCUCCUCCUGUUGAGAAGGAGAGAUCACUUAGUGGAUCGGUGGACGAGGGCGAUGACGAUGUUGGGGAGACGGAGGACAUUCCAUUGUAG